ACAUUUUUUUUUUCUCACUUUGUGCUCGAGACUCUACAGCGGAGCGCGGAGCUCGCGCGUGUUGCCACAGGGAUCUCAGCUCUGACGGACCUGGCACGAGACAGUUAUUUUGUCUCUCUCGCAGACAAUAUUUAGCUGUUUAUUGCAAGUUUUUUUCUUUUUGUUUGUUUGUUUUAUUUUCGGGUAACAAAGUGUUCUGUUUGCCUAAAGUGUUUUAUGUGUUUGCGCUCAACAGUGAGGUAGACUUGUACUCCCGUAGUUUUUUCUUUUUUUUUCUUGGAUUUUUUUUUCUUUUUUUUUUUUUUCUACAGCGUCUUUGCUUGUGAUUUAUCCCGCGGAUGGAUGCAGCUGGCGGGGUGGACAUUUGAGCCCAGCAGGAUCAACCUGUCUUAGGGCAUCAUGAAUUCGCUGGUUCUCCGCAAGUGGAUGAGGAAUAUCUCCCAUGAGAUGCUGCUGCUGCUCCUGCUGCCGCUGGUGCCGGUUUGGUGUUUUCUGCCUCUGACCGGAGCGGCUCCUUCGCUGACGACCGAACAGCUGGACAUGGGGGUGGACUGGCUGAGUAGGUUUGGCUACCUCCCGCCCCCCGACCCGGUGACUGGCCAGCUGCAGACCAAAGAGGCGUUGACCAAGGCCAUCAAAGCCAUGCAGAAGUUUGGAGGACUGAAGGAAACUGGAGUAUUAGACCAAGCCACACUAGGUCUAAUGAAAACACCCAGAUGCUCUCUGCCAGAUGUCUCUGAUCCCAACGUGACGGCGGGGCGCAGGAAACGAAGCUUGAACACACAGAACAAAUGGAAUAAGAGGCACCUGUCGUGGAGAGUGAGAACCUUCCCCAAGGAUUCAGCCUUAUUGGGCAGGGAUACAGUUCGGGCCCUCAUGUACUACGCCCUGAAGGUCUGGAGCGACAUCGCGCCUCUGAACUUCCACGAGGUGGCCGGCAGUGACGCAGACAUUCAGAUCGACUUCACCAAAGCGGACCAUAAUGAUGGAUACCCCUUCGACGGGCCUGGGGGAACAGUGGCACAUGCUUUCUUUCCUGGGGAGAGGUUCACAGCGGGUGAUACACACUUUGAUGACGACGAGGCCUGGACCUUUAGAUCUCCAGACUCCCAUGGGAUGGAUCUGUUUGCAGUCGCAGUUCAUGAGUUUGGUCAUGCCAUCGGCCUGGUCCACACCUCAGCUAUGGAAUCCAUCAUGAGGCCGUACUACCAAGGUCCUGUGGGAGACCCGCUGAAAUACGACCUGCCGUAUGAGGAUAAAGUCCGUGUCUGGCAGCUCUACGGUGUCAGAGACUCUGUGUCUCACACGAAUCAGCCAGGCAGCCCGUCUCAAACCCCUGAGCCUCCCGUCCUCCUCGACCUCCCUGAAAACAGAUCCACGCUCCUACUGGCACAAGAUGCUCCAGACAGAUGCACCAGUAACUUUGAUGCUGUAGCCCAAAUCCGAGGAGAGGCUUUCUUCUUUAAAGGGAAGUACUUUUGGAGGCUAACAAGGGAAAAGCACCUGGUGUCCCUCCAUCCUGCUCACAUUCAUCGCUUCUGGAGGGGGCUUCCUCCCAAUUUGGAUAGCGUGGACGCUGUUUACGAGAGGCCAGGGGACCACAAAAUAGUAUUCUUCAAAGGUCAAAAGUAUUGGGUAUUCAAAGACAAUAACGUUGAGGAGGGUUACCCACGUCCAAUUAGUGACUUCGGCCUUCCUGUGGAAGCAGUGGAUGCAGUGUUUGUUUGGUUACACAACGACAAAACCUACUUCUUCAAAGAUAACUACUACUGGCGCUAUGACGACCACCUGCGACACAUGGACCUUGGUUUCCCCAAAGACAGCACGCUUUGGAAGGGGCUGCCGCUCCAGCUGGACGAUGCCAUGAGGUGGUCUGAUGGAUCAUCCUAUUUUUUCAAGGGCAAGGAGUACUGGCGAGUGCCGGGCAGCGACAUGGAGGCGGAGGCAGGAUACCCUCGCCUGAUUGCCAAGGACUGGCUGCUCUGCACCGAGAUGCAGUCGGACUCUCCGGACACAGAAGCCAAAAGCACGGAGACGAGGGUCAACGUGCACCAGCACCCAGACCACGCAGAGAAUGGAUACGAGGUGUGCUCCUGCACCUCUGACACCGCCUCGCCUUUGGCUGAUCACUUACCCCUGUUUCCAGUUUGGCUGCUGCUGCCUUGUUGGACACUCUUACUGACCUUCCCCAAUGAACUGCUAUGAUGCUGAAGCACGGGGUUAAGUACUUGUGUUGAGUGCAAGAGAGAGACUAAUUAGCGGAUGCUCUGCAAGAAAGAAAGAAAAAAACUGGAAGAAUUUGAUCAUAUAAAUACGGUUUAUUUAGUUUGUUUUGUUCUCUUUAUUUCUCUUUUUUUUUCUUGGGAGUUAUUUAUUUCACAUGCCAUCUUAUGGUCACUUAAAGAGCUUUGCAGUAGCUGUUUUAUGAACAAUUAUCAGUUAAUAUCCACUGACAGUGACGGUAUUAGAUGUUUCAUAAGCUGAGUUGCACAGAAAUACAAGUUAACUUCACUUUCCAAAUGGCCUCAUAAUACUGAGAGGGCUAAGAAGAGGGGAAUGUUCAGAUAUAAGUGGUUAUAUCAUUAUAGAUUUAAUGGCGACUUACUUUGAGGUAUUCAGUUUUAUGAAUAAGAGCUCGUGGCUCAACCUGCUAGGGUUUGAGAGCAUUCACGUCAACACUGACAGAGAUUUGGAAAUUACAGCUUCUUAUUGACAAAAUAAAAGCUGAAUCUUUUAUAAAAUGGGAUUUAAAGCAGUUUUAUUUAUCAGAGCCUAAUGCUGUAAUGCUGAUACUGCAAAUGUUUGCUUAUUGGUGAUUUGUUUAGUUAGUUAAAAUGCAGCUUAAAUCAGAAAGAUAUUCAUUCACAGUUCUGAUUAAUGUUCAAAGAUACCUCGAUCUUCUUUAGGCAGUUACUGGUAUGGAGGGCUUAAAAUGUUAUGGUUUCAAAACCACUUUUCUAUCAUACCAAUCCUGCAUUAUGACGUUUCUUUUUUUAGAUAUGUGUUUAUGCAGCAAUAUGAGGCAUAGGAUAAUGCAGUGCUGGCCCUCCCCCACUUGUUGCUUGUUGAAUUAUUUUAGCCAAACUAAUAAGAGAAUCUUUGUGUCAAUCUGCUUCACCAGCAGAUUUUAAGACCGUUUGAAUAAUUUUCAAACAACUACAAGACCUAGAAAGCAUGCUAAAAAAAACAAAAACAUUUUUGAUCCUGCUUCACAACAGGUGCAAAAUCUAUAAAUUCACUCCAUUGUUGGUGGAGCUACAGCAGACUGAUAAGUCCCAAGGUAUUUGUUGUUUUGAUACUACCAGCAGGCUCAACCAACCUAAAUCUGCAUAGGAACACAAACACAGUUCUGCUUUGAAAACAGCACUAAACAUAAAAGUCUUUUGUAAAAUUGUAUUCUGUCAUAUAUGCAAAUUUCCUCAAAAAUAACCUUAUCACCCUGAAAGCGGCCAAAGACAGAUAAUGCAGGGCUUCUCUGGUUCUCAUAUUCCACCACUCUGAGACUAUAGUUCCUUAUUUUAAAAUGUAAAUUAGCUUUUGUUGACAAUAACGACACAAAACCUCUCAAUCUACCAAAUCUAAACUGUGUUUAUUAUGACCAUUUCUUCAGUUAAAAAAACCCCACAAAAACAAAACCCCACCUUCUCGACCCAAAGUAACAAAAUGCCGUCACGACGGGGACGCUCGGUGGAUUCGGUUGUUGCGGAGGGGUUUGUUUAUUCAAAACUUUAGCCUCUCGAUGUCCAAGUGUGCAUCCUCAAACUCCUUUAAUAGUUUGACGUGCGUGUUCUGAAGCUAUCUCAAGCGAGCACACGUUUACCUUUGCCCUGCGCCGUCAUCCAAACUGGAUCCAUAUUUGUCUCCAUUUGAUUGAACGAAGCUGUCGGCUUACCCCUGAGGUUAGCUGUAGCAUGGAAUCGAGGGCAAUGCCAGGAGGUGAGUUGCCUUUUUUAAUGGAAUCACUUCUCUUUGAAGUCUUUUGAAGUGUGAACUAGAUAAGAUUUGAUCAGCGUAUGCCAUAUUGACGACUUUAAAGUUUUAUGAUAAGAUGUUAAAGAAGCAGAAUGCAGCUGAUCAACGUGUGAACGCUUUGAGUGUUACCUGCUAGAAGUCCUCUAUAGGCUACAGCAGCUGUCGACUCCAACCAGCAUAUCUGCUGAAUAACUGUAAAUCUGAGCUAAUUUAUUUCCAACACAAAAGGUGUAAUAUCUCGGAUCCAGAACCAAAUAAAUCCUACAGAUAGUGUUACCAUACUUGUAAUUCUGAACUUGUUCCAUUAUUUUGACAGCAGCAGGAAUAAUUGUAGCUUCUACGCUUCAAAUAAAUCUACCUUCUGAAAAAGCUGUAAUUUCUAAGAUGUUUGAUCAAGUUGAAAGUGAAUACUCUCAGAUGAAAGCUACAUUUGUUCUGUACAGUCAGUCUUCAUAUAUAUAUAUAUAUAUACACACACCAGUCUACAUGGACAGUAUCUUGGAAAAGUAUUCGUUUGACAAAGUGUUUCACGCCUUUCAUUGGGAUUUUCUGUGACAGACCAACACUAGUGGUGCAUAAUUGGAGAAUAAUUUUCUUUCUACUAAAAGACAUGUAGAAACCUGUAUUUAGCUCUCAUGAGAAAUUACUCUAUCCAGUCACCUUUCAUCUGCAAAUAUUUUGUAAUAGCUCUCUCUGAGCAGAGGUGGACAACUUCUUAGUGAAAUAUUACAGUUUUUCUCAGCAAAUUAGCCUUAAACUCUGUCAGGUUGGUUGAAGAGUGCCUGUGAACGUCAGUUUUCAUUGCCACAUUUUUGACUCUUUUAAGAUGGGAGUAACCUUUAAUCUAAAGUACUCUAUAGCAAAGGCUGCACACUUAUAUUUUUUUUCUGAUUUAUGGGUAUCCUCUGCCCCAAACCCAACUAUUUUUCAUUCUCUUAACAGGUUAAUUUUAAGAAUUAGAUUUCGUAUGGCUCAAUAUGUCUUCUUUUCACCUCUGACCAGCUUCCCUGUCCCACAGUAUGAUGAUGUCACCCCCUUUUUCAAAAUGGGGAUGGUGUUUUCCAGAUGAUGUGCAGCGUUUGUUUUCCACCCCACACCGAGUUUUGAGCGAUGCCCUAAAAGCUUAAAUUUGGUCUUGCACGCCUUGUCUUCUUCAUUGCUUGUGGGCUCCUGCAAACAGGAUGUCCUAUUUCUUUCUUUCAACCAUGACUUUCUUCUUGCCACUCUUCUGUAAGGGCUAGAUUAGUUGGGUGCACUCCUAUUGUCAAAAGCCAAGGUUUCUUCCCAUCCUUUCCAUGCCCUGCCUGUCAGUUUGGGUAGAUGUCCACGUGUCAAUAUGUUUGCAAAUGGUUUGCUUCCCAUUCUGUACUUUCCACUAGAUUACGUCGAUCUAUCACACAAAAACCCAAUGAAAUACAUUUAAACUUUGUGGUAGCAUGAAAAAGUUCAAGGGGUCUGACUAUUAUUUCUAAGACAACGAAUAAGCCGAGUUGAGAUUCAGAUCAGCCGAUCCCAGCAGAAGAGACAGGAUCCCUAUUAAUCUGAAUAUAGACUCCCACCAGGGGGAAGAGCGACAUCCCGAGGUGUCAUCGCUCGACAGGUGACUGACACUGCAGCGCCCGUCUGUGCAGGCAGGUGUAAUGUACCUUGGGAUGUAUUGCAGAGAGAUGGUUAGGUUGACAGAUCAAUGGCUCUGUGGGAGCUUGACGUGUUGAAGACACAUGAGUGGCAUGCUGGUUUUCAACAGGUACACGCACAGUCAAGAGGAAGACAAGGGAACAUGGGACGUGGGGGGGGUGGAAGACGACAAAUGAAUGUCGGACAGAACAUUCAAAACCAAGAUUCCUGCUGUUGCUUGUUGACGUGCUCCUUGCUUUCUAUCCGUUUCCUGCACUCCCUCCCUCCCCAUCACACAGGUGGUACCUGAGCACCUUACACACUCCCUGCCAUAACCAGAGGUAGUAUUAGUUUGCUGUAUUUUCUUUUUGUAUUAAGUAUGAAUAUAUUGUGAGCCAUUGCUUUGACGAGACGACAUCCCGUGGAGCAUUUCCGACACAAGCCCAAGCUCCGUUCGACGACAUCUAUCGCAGACCUCACAAAGGCAGCAGAUUUGUUAUUGUUGCUGAUAUAUUUACCUACAAGUUUAAAUAUAGACAGAUAUAUUUGAGUCACAAUGUUCCAUGGUUACUGCAAACCAAGUGGACUGUGUAUAUUUCAAGCUGUGUUUUCUAAUGUAAAAUAUUUUUGUAGAAAAAAAUAAAGAAAAUAAAGAUUCUUGAAUGGUU